AUGGCAGGUGUACUGAAGAAGACCACUGGCCUUAUGCAGUUGGCUUUGUGUAAGAGGCCACAGGAGAGGCUAAGAAUACUGUACACAAAGAUUCUUGAUGUUCUUGAUCAAAUUCCUAAAAAUGCAACAUAUAGAAAGUGUACAGAACAGAUUACAAAUGAGAAAUUGAGUAUGGUUAAAGUGGAACCAGAUGUUAAGAAAUUAGAAGACCAACUUCAGGGUGACCAGCUAGAAGAGGUGAUUUUUCAGGCUGAAAAUGAAUUAAGUCUGGCAAGAAAAAUGAUACAGUGUUUCCAUGGGAGCUUUUAG